UGUUCAGUUCAGUUCAGUUCAGUCGGUGAAGCCACGCGGUGGCGUUCAGUCGUGAGAUGGCGUGCGCGCAUCUCCUCGUGUUGGCGCAAAUCGCCUUCGCCGUAAUUAUAUUCGCAGAAGACGUACCGAAACCAAAGAAGGUAUUGGAUACAAUAAUGAACCCAGUAUAUAUCCCGCCAGAGGAGAAGCAUGGUUCAUACUGGAAGAAGUCAGCAGCGACAACCCUGAAAGCAAAGCUACACGAGACGAAGAAUAUUAAUAAGGCGAAGAACGGCAUCAUGUUUAUUGGCGAUGGGAUGUCACUGGCCACUGUAAUGGCGGCCAGGACUUACGGAGGACAAGUGGAACAAGGAUUGGGUGAAGACAACAUUUUGGAGUUUGAAACAUUCCCCGUAACCGGACUGGCUAGGACGUACUGCAUCGACGCUCAAGUGCCGGAUUCCGCGUGCACGGCCACCUCUUACCUUACUGGUGUGAAGACAAAGUACGGCGUCAUAGGGCUUGACGGCAACGUGACUAGAGGAGCAUGCCACCCGCAGCUCCACGAGAAGAAUUGGGCCUCGUCUAUUGGACAAUGGGCUUUGGAUAGUGGCCUGGAUGUAGGUCUUGUGACAACAACGCGGGUAACCCACGCGUCACCAGCUGGGAUGUACGCCCACACAUCAGAGAGGAACUGGGAGAGCGAUGCAGACGUGCCAGAUGAAUGCUUGUCUCUGGGAUGCCGGGACAUCGCAUACCAACUCAUAAUGAACAAUCCCGGUCGACAGUUUAAGGUAAUAAUGGGCGGUGGAAGGAAAGAAUUCUUCCCCAACACGACCAGUCUGCUGCUAAACGGUACGGGAGUGCGGCUUGACGGCCUCGACCUGGCGGAGAAGUGGCACGAGGAUAAAGUAGAGAAGAACGCCUCUCAUCAAUACGUCACCGACAGAGCUGAGCUGUUGAAGGUAUUCAAUUCUGAUGAUCUGCCGGAGUAUCUCCUUGGACUAUUCAACGAUGAUCAUAUGGAAUACCACUUGAAGGCACACAAUCAGCCCUCUCUAGAAGAGAUGGUUGAAGUCGCCAUUAAAAUGUUAAGUAGAAGCGAAAAAGGAUAUUUUCUGUUUGUGGAAGGUGGAAGAAUAGACCACGCACAUCAUGACAGCUACGCUCGUCUGGCUCUCGACGAGACGGUGGAAUACGCCAAAGCUGUAAAGAAAGCUAGGGCUCUGACUGAUGAGAGUGAUACCUUGAUAGUGGUCAGUUCAGACCACGCGCACACAAUGACUGUAGCAGGUUACCCCUCACGAGGUAAUGAUAUCCUGGGCGCUGUAGACACUGCAAAAGGAUUCGACGAUAAACCUUACACCACUAUCAGUUAUGCUAACGGUAAAGCGCCAUCUAUUGCCGCAGAUGGAAGAGUUGACGUUACUUUGCAGGAUAGAUUUAUAAAUGGCGCUUUGGACUAUUCGUAUCCAAGCUUGGUGCCGCUAGACUCGGAGACUCACGGCGGUGAGGAUGUUGCCGUGUUUGCCCUUGGGCCUUGGCAGCAUCUCUUCACCGCCAGCUAUGAACAAAAUGUGGUACCCCACCUCAUGGCAUAUGCAAUGUGCUUAACAGAAGAUAAACACGACAACUGCAAAAGGCAUAGACAUUUCUGGACGUCCAGCGGUGAACACAAUAGACCAAAUGUAUUUAGUUACGUAUUAAGUAUAUGUGCUGUGAUAAUUAGCUUUAGAUUUAGUUUUUAGGUUAGAAAUAAAAUUUUAUGGCAAUGUAUACUUAAGUGAAAAUCAUCGAAUUGUUACAAACAUAAGCAUUUACACGAAUAAUGUCUAUUUAAGUCAUCUCGAACAUUCUUUGAGUCAGUGUUGAAUGUUUUAAACUAGAUUUUUCUAACGAUAAAUAUAUGGCACAAGGCAUUGAUGUUGGUUUAACCUAAAAAUUGAUAAAUGAAGUACAAAUAUUAUUAAGGUUGCUUUAGAGAACAUUCCUGGAUAGAAAAUAAAAAAAUGUCUAUUUGUAAGUACAACUUUUUACAAUUCCAAAAACUCGUUUUAUAUUUUUAAUUGUUAUAUCGAAAACUGCAGGAAAGCUUAAGUAAUUAACGCAAAACAAAUAUUUUUUGGUACAAAAAAUGUUAAAUAAAAGUGAAAAUACUAAGAGUAUGAACAAUUCGGGUAAAUAAAAAUUUUAAUUUUUUAGUGCAUGCGUUUUCCGUAAGAUGGCACUGUUAUAAAUCGUAAAUGUUCUUUAUUGGAGUUAGUUGGAAAAUCGAAAUAAUAACAAUGAAUUAAAACAGAUAACCUAAAAAUUAGUGAGGAAAGCUGUAAUAGCUAAUGUAAAAAAAAUUAAACGUUCAAGUGUGUAUCGAUAUAAAAUAAGACGAAACCGCUCAAAGCCGAACAAUGUUUUUGUUUUUAAAAAAAUAUUAAUUAUGUGUUGUGUCGUGUUGUAGUUAUUCGUAUUUUUUAAUUAAUUCUGAUAUAUCUUGAUGCAAAAUAUAAUUUGCAUAGAUUAAAAAUGUAAAAGAAAUUGUACAGAAAUGUAACUUCAAUUAACAAAAAGUAUGGUUGUUACUUUAUUCAAAUGUAACUUAGAUAUAAUUUAUACUUGUAAAAUUAAGAUGGAAUCAUGUUAUACAUGUAUUAUUUGAACAUCAAACAGGAAAACCAAUAAGUAAUAAAACAUAAUUC